UGGCAAAUGAAGAAGGAUAUUGAUAAUUGGGUUGUUAUCUCUCUUCCCCCUCAGAUCAAGUUUCAUCUGAAAAAUUUUCGUGACUAGAUGAACGGCACUGUAUAAAAAGACAUCGUUGUUCCCACAUCCUUUAUUAUAUUUCUUCUCUUUAUAUCGUCGACAUCAUGGCUUCUCGAUCAACCAUCACCUGCUUUUAUGAUAUCGUUUCGCCUUAUAGUUACUUUGGUGUCAAGUUGCUCAACCGGUACCGACAACAACCUCAGUGGCAAAACGUUGCUGUCGAAUUCCGACCUGUGUUCCUGGGUGGGAUCAUGAAUGGUGCUAAAAACCAGCCUCCUGCUACGAUCCCUGCAAAGGGCAAAUACAUGAUUAAAGAUCUUCAUACGAUUAGCAAAAUUACUGGGAUCCCCUUCCAGUUCUCCUCCAACUUCCCUUUGUUGACUAUUCCUACUAUGCGCUUACUCAUUGCUAUUCAGAAGCAUGAGUCAGCCAAGUAUGAGCAAUGUAUCGAAAAGCUCUAUGAUGAGUACUGGGUCCAGGACAAUGAUGUGACCGAUGCUGCUAUCCUUGUGAAGGCACUCUCCCCAAUUUUGGGCUCGGCCAAUGCUGUUGAAAAAUACCUUCAAAUGACAUCUGAUAAAGGCAUCAAACAAACAUUGAUGGACAACACACAGCAAGCAGUUGACAUUGGUGCCUUUGGUGCCCCUACUUUCAUCGUUAAGAAGGCUGGUACAGAAGCAGGAGAGGAAGUCAUGUUCUUUGGUUCAGACCGUUUUGAAAUGAUGGCUUCGUUCUUGGACUUGCCAUAUCCCGGCAUUACCUUCCAUAAAACGUCUUCACCAAAGCUAUAAUUUUUUAUGAAAAUUAAAAAGGGAGACACGUGUUUCUAGAUCAAAUACAUGUAUACAACUUAUUGCAAAU